AUGAGAGAAUGUUGCAUUGAAAUAAUAAAGGAAUUAUUACAGAAUAUCAGUAUUUAUUUUAACUUAGUAAGCAUCUUAAUUGAAUUAUGAGGAUCUGAUUGGAUUAGAAAAACAUUUUAAUUUAGUGACAAUUUUGAAUGAAUUGGAUUAUAUAAAUGAUGAGGAUGUGUUUUUAAAAUCAAUAGCAAGAGUUAGAAGUUGUUUAUGA